UUAGGUGUGGUGGAGUACCCAAAAUGGCGACGGGGAUCAAUCAUAAUUCGAAGAUGUAAAGUAGAAGACACAACGUUUGUUUUAGUCGCUCAGUAAAAACAACUAUGGCUGAUACAGAAGUGGAUAUUACCCUACUGCCCGAAGAUGUCAGAGAGAAGUUGGCAGAACUCGAUCUUGAGCUCUCGGAGGGUGACAUCACACGGAAGGGUUAUGAGAAGAAGAAGACCCGUCUCCUCACACCUUAUGUGAAGCAGCAGCCUCCAGGCCAGGGGCCUAGCGCUCCAAGCCCCUCGACAGCAGCACAGCGUAAAGCUCAACGUCGCUUAACUCGAGAAGAUAAUCGAUAUCAUUCCGAGAUUCGAACAGAGGCUGUGAUGCAGGCCUUGGCGAUGCAUAAUAAGCGUGUUCCUGUGAUGCCCUUGCCGUCGAAACGAACAUCGGUCAACUACCACGGCCAGCAGAGGAGAGAGAGACAUGGAGAUUCUUCCUCUGAUGAUGAUGACAGUGUUUUUGACGAGGACCAUUCCCGGGGCUUCCAGCGAGGAGGCAACAGUCGUGACAGCGGUGCUAGUUCCUCCUCGUACUCCGAUGCUGGUGCAUCCCCCCAUCACCAAGCCCAGGAGCGUCCUCGCAGUCAGCAGUUUGGCAACUUCAUCAUCCCAGGAAACACUGCCAGACAUGCUCUAGCAGAUGUCAUGCAGAACUCCAGACAUUCACAUCAUAUAUCUCAGCCUCCCGAUGUGACGAACAACGCCAAGAGUCUCCGCCAAGCUGACCGCGUCGGGCGCUACAACCAGUCUUCAGUCCGCAUCACCACCACAGGCAACGUCACUGGCGUUGAGGAUGAUGGGCCUCGACAUGGAAAAGUAUCAGCUAAAAUUCAACAGUUACUAAAUACUCUCAAGAGACCCAAGAGAAGACCGCUGAAGGAGUAUUUCAUGGACGAGGAUGAACACACUUUAGAAAUGCCUACUGCUGAUCCUAAUGCACCCAAACCAGAGGGAAAUGAACUGACUCCAGUACCAGGAGAACAGCUAGUGAUUCCAUCAGGCCUCCCCCACAACCUGGAGGCUGCCCUGCAGAGGUAUGGCUCCUCCAGCUUCAAGGCCAACGCCGUCACCGUGCUGGACCAGCAUGGGAAACCUUCCUACAAUCUCACAUAUGGCAAGCUUCUGAGUCGGACUCAGAAAAUUGCUUUCAACUUGUUGCACAAAGUGGGCCACAAGGAAGGAAUGAGCAUAAAACUAGGAGAUAGGGUGGCGCUAGUGUAUCCCAACAAUGACCCUAUCUCCUUCAUCUGUGCAUUCUACGGCUGUGUGAUGGCGGGUGUGGUGCCGGUCCCCGUCGAGGUUCCUCUUACAAAGAGGGUCAGUGAUAGACAUGAUGCGGGUGGAGCAGGUGUUGGCUUCCUGUUAGGCAGCCUGAGUGUCUGCUGGGCACUCACAUCUGAGGCUUGCUUCAAAGGGCUUCCAAAGUCCAGUAGUGGAGAGGUCAUCACUUUUAAAGGUUGGCCGAAGCUGAACUGGUUUGUGACAGAAAAUCUGAGUAAACCAACCAAAGACUGGCAGCCGCCCUCCAAGGGAGAAGAUGUGCCAGCAUAUAUUGAAUACACAAUAAACAAAGACGGCAGCACAGUGGGUGUCACAGUCACAAGGAACACCAUGUUCUGCCACUGUCGGACUCUCACCGUCGGCUGUAACUACUCCGAAGGCGAAGUGAUGGUGUGUGUGCUGGACUUCAAGAGGGAUGUAGGGCUGUGGCACGGAAUCCUCUGUAGCGUAUUUAAUGGAAUGCAUGUGAUAUUUAUUCCCUACUCCCUGAUGAAGGUGGACCCAGCAUCCUGGAUGAAGAUGGUUACAAAAUACAAAGCGUGUGUGGCGGUGGUGAAGUCGAGAGACAUGCACUGGGGGUUGUUGGCACAGAAGGACCACAAAGACAUCAGCUUUACCUCGUUACGAAUGCUCCUUGUGGCUGACGGUGCUAACCCCUGGUCUUUAACAUCCUGUGAUUCAUUCCUAAGUGCUUUCCAGGCCAAAGGCUUGAAGGCCGAUGCCAUCUGUCCGUGUGCUAGUUCCUCAGAAGCGCUCACUGUCUCAGUCCGCAGGCCGGGGAGAACCAGCAGCAGUGCUACAGGGCGGGGCAUCCUCUCCAUGCAGGGGCUCAGUUUCGGGGUGGUUCGAGUUGACAGUGAGAACAGCCUCACUUCGCUUACGCUACAGGACUGUGGACAGGUCAUGCCAGGAGCUGUGAUGGUGGUGAUCCGGUUGGAGGGUGCUCCUUACCUGUGUAAGACAGACGAGGUUGGGGAGCUGUGUGUGUGCUCCGGCUACACGGGAGCGGCAUACUGGGGACUUCAGGGACUCAGCACUGCAACAUUCCAGGUUCAGCCCCUGCACAGUGAUGGUCGACUGGCUGCAGACAAGAUGUAUGUGAGGACAGGGCUCAUCGGAUUCCUUGGACCAGGCGGGCUUGUGUUUGUGUGCGGCAGCAAGGAGGGACUGAUGCAGAUAGCAACUAGACGGCACAACACUGACGACAUCAUAGCUACUGUGUUGGCUGUGGAACCUAUGAAGUUCAUCUACAGGGGAAGGAUUGCUGUGUUCUCUAUCAGUGUAUUGAAGGAUGAGAGGAUUGUGAUCAUAGCAGAGCAAAGGCCAGACUGUACAGAGGAGGAGAGCUUCCAGUGGAUGAGUCGAGUCCUCCAGGCUGUGGACAGCAUCCACCAGGUCGGCGUCUACUGUCUGGCACUUGUACCACCAAACUAUCUCCCAAAGACACCUCUGGGAGGAAUCCACCUGUACGAAACCAAGAAGAAGUUCCUGGAGGGCUCAUUGCACCCAGCCAAUGUGUUGAUGUGCCCCCAUACCUGCGUGACGAACCUACCCAAACCUCGGGAGUUCCACCCAGAUGUGACACCAUCAGCGGUCCAUGUGGGCAACAUUGUACAGGGUGCCCGCAUGGCGUGGGCGCAGGGGCGUGACCUCGGCAUUGGAGAGGAGGAUGGAGAUGCUUCUAGGAAGCACCAGUUCCUGACAGAGAUUCUCCGAUGGCGAUCACUGUCCACACCUGACCAUAUCAUGUUCACCAUGCUCAAUGCCAGGAUGCAGCCCCAUCUAACUGUAACCUGCUCCCAGCUACAUAAGCGUGCAGAGAGGAUUGGCUGUCUGCUGAUGGAAAAGGGAGGGCUGAACACUGGCGACCACGUGGCACUCAUCUACCCACCAGGAAUAGAGCUGAUAGCUGCAUUCUAUGGCUGCUUGUAUGUAGGUUGUGUACCAGUGACGAUACGCCCACCCCACCCCCAGAACGUUGGCUCCACUCUCCCUACUGUCCGGAUGAUUGUAGAGGUCAGCAAGUCAGUCGCCAUCCUCACCAGCACCUUCAUCAUCAAGCUCCUCAAGUCCAAGGAAGCAGGAGCAAUUGUUGAGCCUAAGACAUGGCCCAAGCUACUGGAUACCGAUGACCUUCCCAAGCGGAAACUGGCUGCUGUGUACCGUGCCCCCACCCCAGAGAUGAUCUGCUACCUUGACUUCAGCGUGUCCACCACGGGCAUGCUGGCCGGUGUGAAGAUGUCCCAUGCUGCUGCUACUGCUCUGUGUCGAGCCCAGAAACUCCAGUGUGAACUAUACCCGUCCCGUGAUGUUGCACUGUGUCUCGACCCAUACUGUGGCCUCGGACUGGUCCUCUGGUGUCUCAGCAGUGUGUAUUCUGGCCACCAUUCCAUCUUGAUUCCACCGUCAGAAGUGGAGACGAAUCCAGCAGUGUGGUUGUCCUCAGUCAGUGUCUACAAAGUGAGAGACACCUUCUGUUCGUAUGGUGUGAUGGAGCUGUGUACACGGGGUCUUGGGACAUCCACAUCAGCUCUCAAAGCAAAGGGAGUGAACCUGGUGUGUGUGCGGGCAUGCUGCGUGAUUGCCGAAGAGCGGCCGAGGAUACAGCUGACUACAUCCUUCACCAAGCUGUUUGCCAGCCUGGGACUCUCCCCUCGGGCUGUCAGCACAAGCUUUGGCUGCAGAGUCAAUGUAGGAAUAGGUCUACAGGGUGCUUCAUGUCCAGAACCAACAACUGUGUAUGUCGAUCUGCGUGCUCUCCGCAACGACCGAGUGACACUAGUUGAGAAGGGCAGCCCUCACAGUCUCUGUCUCAUGGAAUCGGGCAAGCUGCUGCCAGGAGUGAAGGUGGUGAUAGCCAACCCUGAGACUAAAGGCCAGUGUGCUGACUCCCAUCUUGGAGAGGUCUGGGUGAGCAGUCCCCACAGUGCUACCGGCUACUUCACCAUAUAUGGCGAUGACUCCCUUCACCAGGAUCAUUUCGACUCCAGACUGGCCACGGGCGACACGCAGACAUCGUAUGCAAGGACAGGGUUCUUGGGCUUCAUACGCAGAACAGAGCUCACUCAGUCAGAUGGAGAGCGCCACGAUGCCAUCUUUGUUGUUGGAGGCCUGGAUGAGACAAUUGUGUUGCGAGGCAUGCGGUACCACCCCAUUGAUAUAGAGACUAGUGUGCUGCGGGCACAUAGGAAGAUCUGUGAAUGUGCUGUGUUUACAUGGACCAACCUCCUGGUGGUGGUUGUUGAGCUGGAUGGAAAUGAAAAUGAAGCUCUUGACUUAGUUCCCUUGGUAACGAAUGCUGUAUUGGAGGAGCAUUACCUUAUUGUGGGUGUGGUCGUCGUGGUUGACCCGGGGGUCAUUCCAAUCAACUCCAGAGGAGAGAAACAACGGAUGCAUCUACGAGAUGGCUUCCUGGCUGACCAGCUCGACCCCAUCUAUGUAGCUUACAACAUGUAGGCAACUCAGAUAGUUAGCCCAGACAGACACGGUUACCUGCAGAGACCUACACAAUCUGCUUCUUUCGGUUAGAAGAUGGAAUCAAUUAUUUUUGAUUAACAGAAGUUCAUGUUGGAUCUCACAAUACAGACUUGAUGACAAACAGCAAUGAUCAAUGAAACCAACAUGUUUUAUCUAUCUGGUUCCAGUAAAGAGACAAGUUCAGGAGACAUCAGCAAUUAAGUUCCAAUUCUUUUCACGAAUUACUUGAAGUAACAGUAAUAGAUAUAAAGUUUUCAAGUUGCAGAGUGCUUGUGCUAUAAAGCAAAUAGGAAUGAAAGCAGUGUCAUAUACAUCUCAGGUGAGGAGGGCGUGGAUGCUGAAGCACAUGUGCUUUUGAAUUGCCAGAACCUGAGCUUCACGACACUGACCCCAAAAACUUCGAUGUACAAGGGAUAGUUGGUAUUGUACAAAUAUGUACAAGCAUGAACCUGGAUGGAUUGUGAUCAGUCUGAAAUAUACAUUUGUCAAUGUGAAAUAAGUGUUUGGCUUGAGUGACAUGCUGUAUGGGCCCCAUGUAAUGAUGCUGACAAUGUGAUGAAGAUUUAUUUUAUGAGAUGAUACAUGUUCAACGAACAUGCAGGAUAGAUUUUUUUCAUUUAUUUGGGACCCAUCUGUGUUGUCCAGAAAUAGACAGGUCAGUGACAUGGUGGAAUUUCGCUAUUGACGUGCGGUGAUUGCUAUAUAUGAUACUAUGUGCUAGACAUUGAGUCAGUAAUCUGUCUGCAAUAUAGGUGUGUACAUUACAUGCUUGAAAUGAACAUGGUGAUGGCAGAGAUGUUUGGGUGAACAGUAUAUGGAAUGAGGAAAGAGACGUGAGAAAAGGGCGAUGAAUGAUCAUUGAUGUGCUCUGAUGUGAAAUGUACGAGAUGAGAAGUUGAGUGCGAGUUUCAGACCAGUAUGAACAGAUAAGAGUUGAGAAGGAAACUGAUGACAUUUUUGGUGUACUUGAAAUUUCAGUGUUGGUAAAUCUAUGAAAAUAGAGUUGUCACAGGUCAUACAUGUGGUCCAUCUUGGUGUCUAUAGUCAUACACUGGGUAUCAAAGUUGACAUGCCAUGAACUAGGUCCUGACUUCAACAUAAGACACUGGAAGAACACAUUUUGGUUGUUUCCUGCUUGUACCACACUACAACACAGUGGAAACAGACAAAUACCAAAUAUGCUUUCUAAAUAUGCAAGAAUGUUCAGUAGAAUUUUUCACAUCUAACUAUAUAUAUACAGAUAUGGUUUACAUCAAAAUUAGAUAUUAGGUCAUCAAACUUAAUUGUUGUUUCAUUAAAUUUUGAAAAUAUAUCUUGACUUUAUCAGUUCCUUUCAGCAUAGUAUCCAAAGAGUGGAGCUAUUGCCAAAUUCACCUUCCGAUCUCUCAAUCUUGUAUUUUGUACCUGUAAGUAGCAUGAAAAUAACUGUAUGCCAUAUGAUAUUGCUUAGGAGAUUGUGUUGAAAUAUGCUUCCGUUUAGCUAUUCCAUGUGAUAUUUAGUUUAUUAGCUGAAACCAUUCUCACGACUGUGGUGUUAAAAAAAAUCUGUUGUAUGUGAUAGUGCAGUCACAAACUAUGUAGGGUGUAUUACAAGGGGAGCUAACUCUGUAAUCCUAGUCACUAUGCUGUACAGUGCUAUUGUGUCCCUGCAUAAUCGGUAGAGUACCCAUGCAGUGAUGUCAUUAAUAAUUUGGUGUGUGUGGUUAGAAUUACACCACUUUGUGCAUGUUUUUGAUACUUUCGUUACUUAGAUUAUAUUUUAAUUUGUACAUAAAAUUAGUAGAUGUCUAUGGUGUUUAUUUCACAAGCUACCACAAUCUUUUUGUACACAGUUCAUCUGUAAUGCUUAACUUAUUUACACGUAUGUUUGUUCAUGCAGUCUAGGAUAUCAAACAGCUAGAAGUAUGCUGUUUCCUUCCAGUUGUAACCAUUAGAUUGUAACUUUUAGGAUCUAUCAAAACAUGAAUGACAACCGUUUUGAUAUGUACAAAAAUUGUAUAGAAAUUAUAUGCACUUAUUCACAAGACAUUCACAUUUAUACAUUUCAAUGAACAUGUCAUUACAAUCAUGAAUUUACAGCCUCAUGCAUGGAUCAGUGUUGUGAUGCAAUCGCAUGCUUUGUACCAAAAUAAUGCACA